AUGGCAUUGCAACCUUGCCGCAUGAGUCUUUUGCGCAGCCGGCAAGGCGCGCGCAUGAUUCUACCCUGCGCGCGCUCAUACACCACGACAACGGCCGCCGAAACCCCCGAGUCGUUCAAGAUCUCCGAGUCCCGGGAGUCCAAGACGUCAGCGCCACGAUGGAGCCAGACGCCCGCGGGCAUGAAGGCGCCAUUGCAGAUGGAUUUUGCCAAGAAUCCCAAGAACAAGGUGUGGGCGGUCAAUAACGACCCUGCGCGGUUGGAUCAAAUGUACGAGAGGCUGCUCGGACAGGGGGGCAGCAAGAUGCUCCCUGACGAGCUCAAGUGGCUAGCAGUCACGCACAAGAGCUUCGAUCAGGGACGGAGAGGCUUCAACGACCGACUGGCAAUGGUUGGUCGCAUGGCCCUCGACGUCGAGGCAGUCAAGGACAUUGUGAGCAAGCCCGCGGACCCUCGGGCGCAACAAAAGGACGAAUUCGACCGACAGCCGUUUGAGCACCCGAAGCUCGCGCCGGUGGAUAACCUGAGCCUUGUUGACGCGCGCGACACUGUCGGCAAGGAGAAGCUGGCUGCGCUGGCCCGAUCCGUUGGCCUGGACAGCACUGUGCGGUGGAAACCUCGUUUGGUCAGCGAACUCGAAUCAAGUGGUGUGGAAGUCGUGCUGACUGGCGCGGUCAUGGCCAUUGUUGGCGCCAUCACGCUGCAACAUGGCACUGCUGUGGCGAACCGGAUCAUCCGCGAGCGCAUCAUGGCUAGGAUCCCCAAAAAAUAA